AUGAGAGAUAUUCAGGAUGUAGACGGGAAUGCCCAACUGCUCGAGGAUGGCAAGGCAGUCUCAGAAAGCGCCGCCCCUUCCAGCACCUUAGUCGCGAAGGAGGCAGGCGCCCGUCGCAGGCACAUGCGCAAAGCUCAGCGCCUGUUAGUGUUCAAUGUAGGUCUAGGCAUCCUUCUGGGCUUAUGUGCCGCGUCCUUUUGCAUAAAGCCUGGCUUCGGGUAUCCUUGGAUGCCACACCGCCUCCAGCGAGUUCUACUUCUCCUGUUUGCGUGGGAGCUGCUGCUGUUUUUUGUCGCCCCUCCAGUUUGCUUGCUGUGGAGGCUGGCCUCCGCAACUGGCUCGGACCAAAGAUCAGAUAAGCAGCGUGAUUCAGUGUGCGUCCUUCUCUUGGCUGUUUGCGAGUUUGGCUGCGGGGUCUGCGCGUCAGCAAUGAGCGCGUUCAGUAUCUACACUGGAAAAAUACUUCUUGCGCAGGAUGCCACGAAUGGCUUCAUUACACUGCUUUCUUUCGGGAUGGGGGCUUGUCUUCCCUUUUCGCUCUUUGGAAACCCAAAAUUCCGCAACGCGAAGAAGAUCAACAGUCGAGCGGCCCGGCUUGAGGCAGAACUCUGCGUGACGGGAGCGAUACUAAAUAUGAUACUGGCUCUCUCCGCAGCGCUGGCACUUGCACAAUCAAGCCUCCCAGGAAAGAAGCUAUCGGUGCUCGGAGCAGCAGAGUAUCCGGUCAUGUUUGUUGGGGCCUUACUUUUAGUGAAAUCUCUUGCUCAUUUCACGAGGGAGCUCCUGCACCACCGGAAAGCAGCAUCUGGAGCAAGCAUGCACCCAGAGCAUUAG